GCAGUCUCGUUUACUGAUCUGCGAUGUCUUUCGACAGUGGAUCAGACAGAAAGCUGCGAUGUCGUGGUGGUCGACGAUAUUACGUGGAAGAAGACAUCGGCGUGCAGGAGGAAGUAGGGCAGAUGGACACGGCAAGAACGUUUAGCGUCGAAGAGAAGUUGACAAGUGACAAAUUUGACGAAUCGUUCGUAAAGUUUAUGAACGGAAAUGAGCUCAACGUCGAUUACGUGCGAAGACACGGAUUUUUUACGCCUCUAGUUUUCAAAGAAAAAGGAGGAUUGGGAAUAAGGCUUCCUCCCGCUGGAUUUUCCGUUUACGAUGUGAAAGAGUUGGUCGGAGGCAAACGAAUUGUCGAUGUAAUGGACGUGUCGUCACAGCAGGCACUGGAAAUGUUUAUGGAUGACUGGGUGGACUACUACACGGCACCGGAGAGGCAACUGUUAUUGAAUGUGAUCAGCCUCGAGUUUAGUCACACGCCCAUGGAGAAGAUGGUCCAAUCACCCAGAGUUGUACGGGAUCUCGACUGGGUCGAUAUCUUCUGGCCUUCGCAUCUGAAGAAGGCACAGAAGGAAGGCACGAACGACAUGGCGAGCAUGAAGUAUCCAAAAGUUCAAAAAUAUUGUUUGAUGAGCGUCGGUGGAUGUUACACGGAUUUCCACGUUGACUUUGGUGGAACGUCUGUCUGGUAUCAUCUCAUAAGGGGAGAAAAGGUGUUCUGGCUGAUUCCUCCUACACCACAAAAUUUAGUGAUUUAUGAAAAAUGGGUGAAAUCGGGUCGUCAGCAGGACAUCUUUCUCGGCGACAUGGUCGAGAAGUGUGGCAAGGUCCAUCUCUACGAAGGAUACACGUUCAUGAUUCCAACAGGAUGGAUCCAUGCCGUGUAUACACCUUGUGACAGCCUUGUGGUUGGAGGCAACUUCCUUCACAGCUUUAACAUCGAGGGACAGCUCAUCGUAUCGGAAAUCGAAGCCAAAACAAAGGUUCCACUCAAGUUUCGUUACCCUUUCUUCGUAGAGAUGUUGUGGCAUGUAUUGAGUCAGUAUGCCGAACAUGUAGAGAUGUUUGGUCUAUUGAGUGACAAUGACGGUUGGGCAGCAGAUGAGCUGUCUGCGAUUGAUGAUGGCGAGGCCGUGCAUCCGACUGGCAUUAAUCAACUGUCUAUGUACGAAAUUCGAGGUUUGUUGUCGCUUGUGGCAAAAAUGGAGAAAAGCCCUACUUGGAAAAAGCGAGCUCCUGAAUCUGUAGGCAAUCCGAAUGAACUGUUGGUGAAGAUGAAGGAGCUGCUGAGAGGCUACAAUAUACAAUACAAUUACAUGUCUACUGUGUGGAAGGAAGAGCGGCUGAAGACAGUGUCUUCGGAUUUUUUGUCUCAAAGUGAGAGCGAAGGAUGUCACAACAGUACUGUUGAUGGUUUACAAUUUGGUGAUCAUGACUACUUCAAACAAUUAGAUAGGCAAAAGCGAUCGCAUGUUUCACACAAUACAGAGACAGAUGAUUGGAAUAGUGACAGUGAGUGGGUAAACAGCGAACUGCUAUUGUCGGAUAGUUCCAAGCAGCAAGAGUGUAAUAGAGUUGACAAAGCGUCCGAAGACGAUGAGUACACACCUCAGGAACGAGAAAGGCCUCACGUGAAUCGCAGCGGCUCAAACUUGUCAUCGAAGAAAUACAAACGAAAGCAUCGUUGUGGAGAGUGUACUGGGUGCUUGGCAAGUGAUUGCAUUGAUUGUCGAUUCUGUUUGGACAUGAUCAAGUACGGAGGAACGGGGAAAUUGAGGCAGGCAUGCAUGAACAGGAAGUGUCUAGCAAUGAUCUGUCCUGGUGAUCAGUCUGAGUUGCCUCGAGAUAAAUCAACAUCUGUUACGUCUAACAGUCAGUUGCAGAAGAAAGCGGUAGGAAGUCGGUUUCGGGGUGUCCGUGCCACAUCGAGCAACCAGGCAGCCAAGCGUGUCAAGAGCGAGAGAAAGCAUGCGGCAAAUAUCAGUCGUCGUGAAGACUCUGUCUCUGCUUUGUACCCAAACCUAUCUAGGUUGCCAUCACUGGAAGAAGAUGGGUCUGACUUAUUUACUGAAAGUUCUAUAACUCCGUUAGAAGUAGAUGAUAGUGAUCUGGGGAUUAUGAUGAGCGACGUGUGUGGCCUGGCUCCUGAAGAUGUUCAAUUGGGUGAGAUGGUCGUUUCAGUGAACACACAGCGGGCACCGACAACGAGCAACUCCAGUGCAACGACAGAUCCUAACUGGAAAGAACGUCAAACAGCACGCAAAGAAGUUCAGGAUUUACUGACAGGUCGACGUUUUGCACAUAAAGACACACACAGCCAGAAAACACGGAAGAGAAAGAAACAAGACAUGACCCCAAUCAGGGAACAUCAACCCAAACCCAAAGACAACAAGUUGAGCGAAGAUCCCGUGCAUCAGAUGGCAGAAGCCAAUAGAGUGAAGAGUUCCUUCAAGAUACCGAAACGAUGUGACGGCGGGUCGCGUCCUCGAGUGUGCAGCUUGGCUUCACCGCCGAGUGCUUACCAACCGUCACCCCACGUCUCAUCGCACGCUCAUGCUCAAUCACCGAGUUACCUAUCCGACUGUAACCACAGUGAAAAAUAUGCCUCUGUUUCACACAAGCCGCAACCCGUUCGUACAUCACCGAUCAGUCCCAGAUACACGUUUUCGCAGAAGGAAAGAACACGCAGAUCGAUCGAAGUAAAUGUGACACGCGACCCGAGAAGAACGUCGCUACAUGCAUCACUAGUGAAGAUGGAUCCUGCACAACCGUCGAGGAUCACAAAAUCAACGGCACACGCUGCCGCCUUGUCUGCAGUGGAUUCCGAACUGGAAGUCGUCGGACUCGCUCGAAAGCAGUGGGUAUUGAUAUUCAGCUUUCUUGGUCAGUACGACGUGUGUAGCUGCAUGUUGGUUUGUCAAGCGUUUUAUUCGUGGGUACAAGAUCCUUGCCUCUGGCAUACACUCAAUUUGUCGCGAGUUGAGUCGAUAACGGCGGCCACGCUGACUGGCAUAAGGAAACGACAGCCGCAAGUCUUGGAUCUCAGUUGGACUGGAGUGACACAGAAACAGCUACGGUGGCUUCUCAAUAAACUGACAUUACUCAACGAGUUACGUCUCACUGGCUGUUCGAAGGCAAUUGUUCCUGCUCUAGUCGAUUGCAAGCCGUUCCCACCUCUUCGAGUGUUAGAUCUUGGCUGGAUCGAAGGGCUCAACGACCAGUCGAUUCACGGCCUGUUUGCGAUGCCGAAUCCUUCAGUGGAGAAGCCGGUGUCUGUGAAACAUCUGAGAUUACUGCAAGAGCUACGAUUAACGGGAACGUGCAUUACGGACGCAACGUUUCUGCUCUUGUCUAAGCAUUCUUCGUGUCUCGUCAAACUCGACUGCAGCUAUUGUUCUCUCCUCACGGAUCGUGCCAUCGAGUGGCUGACGUCGGUUGGAUCUCCGAGUCGUGACACUCUGCAAGUCAUUGACCUGUCUGGUUGCACUAGGCUUACUGGAACGAGCAUCCCUCACUUUGGACGCUGCUCCCAACUCCAGAGAUUGGAUCUGAGAAUGUGUGAAGAAGUGACUGUCAGAGCGUGUGGACGACUUGUUGCAUCGAGUCGUCUCCCGCUGAUACUAAAGGAAGACAAACUAAUUGAGAGAUCACCGUGAUCAAGUUGACAGCUUUGUUGCCUGCCCCAGCCGUGUGUGACAGAGCAAGCGUCCGGCUUAUCAGCAGACAGCUUCAUUCUAUUUGAACCCAAUCUUGUCAUUGCCGAUAAUCAUUAUGUGCAAAAAUUAGCUGUGCAUGAACACAUGUAACCAGCGUAUGUGAAUAACCUAUAUAUAAAAGGUAUCAUCAAAAUGUUUUAA